GUAAUUUGUCAAAAAAAAAUCUCGAGGUUUACACACGUUGAGGUCAGCCGAAAGGAUGGACAAAAUCUCGCGGGCCAUUGUGGGUGCGCAGUGUGCGCAUACUGCGUAGAGUAGAACGUGCGCUUGCCUUUGAAGCGCCUAGCCAAAACCCUAGAUACAGAGCGGAAACUUAUAUCUUAACCUAAGUUGCUCUCUCUCUCUGUCUCUCGCGUCUGUUUUGAGUCCUACCAUCGCGUCUCUGAAAACUUCUUUAGUAAGAUAUUAUCAUAAUGGCUGGCCAGAGGAAUAACUAUGGAAAGCGAUCCCAUUCUCAGUCUGACUAUGGUGAAAAGGGAGGGAAUAAAAGGAGAAAUCCUGGUGAGGAAAGAGAUCAAUUUAUUAUUGAUGCAGAAGACACUGUAUACCGGUUCUUGUGUCCUGGAAGAAAGAUUGGAAGUAUAAUUGGUAGAGGAGGGGAGAUUGUUAAGCAACUAAGGGUAGAUACUAAAUCAAAGAUUAGGAUUGGUGAGACAGUGUCAGGAUGUGACGAGCGUGUCGUCACUAUCUACAGCUCUAGCGAUGAGACUAACCCUUUUGAAGAUAGUGAUAAUUUUGUAUCUCCAGCACAGGAUGCACUCUUCAGGGUGCAUAACAGAGUUGUCGCUGAUGAGUCGCAUGGUGAUGAUGAAUCUGAAGAAACUCCUCAAGUUACUGCCCGCCUUCUUGUACCUUCUGAUCAGAUUGGUUGUAUUAUUGGAAAAGGUGGUCAAAUAGUUCAAAACAUAAGGAGUGAGAGUGGUGCCCAGAUUCGCAUUCUAAAGGAUGAACAUUUGCCUCCUUGCGCUUUGAGCACAGAUGAGCUUGUGCAGAUAUCUGGGGAGCCCUCGGUGGUGAAGAAGGCUCUCUAUCAAAUUGCAUCACGUCUUCAUGAUAAUCCAUCUCGAUCCCAGCAUAUGCUGACUUCUGCUGUGCCUAAUGCGUAUCCUUCUGUUGGUCCUCUUGUGGGUCCAGCUGCUGGUGCCCCUAUCAUGGGUUUAGCUCCUCUGGUGGGUACAUAUGGAGGAUACAAAGGUGAUGGCGGAGAUUGGUCACGCUCCUUUUAUUCAGCUCCAAGGGAUGAAGGAACUGCAAAAGAAUUUGCUCUUCGUUUAGUUUGUCCAACUGGGAAUAUUGGAGGUGUAAUUGGCAAGAAUGGUGUCAUAAUCAAUCAAAUCAGACAGGAAUCGGGGGCAAUUAUCAAAGUUGACAGUUCAGCUGCUGAAGGAGAUGAAUGCUUAAUAUCCAUUUCUGCAAAGGAGGUCUUUGAAGAUACAUUCUCUCCAGUUAUUGAAGCAGCAGUGCGCCUACAACCUAGGUGCAGUGAGAAAAUUGAAAGAGAUUCUGGUAUAAUUUCGUUCACAACUCGUCUGCUUGUGCCAACAUCACGUAUUGGCUGCCUUAUUGGUAAGGGAGGUGCUAUCAUAACUGAGAUGAGGAAACUCACCAAGGCCAACAUACGUAUACUUCCAAAGGAAAACCUUCCCAAGAUUGCAGCUGAAGAUGAUGAAUUGGUGCAGAUAUCUGGAGACCUUGAUGUUGCCAAGGAUGCCCUUGUUCAAAUAACAACACGGCUUAGAGCAAAUCUUUUUGAUAGGGAGGGACCUGCAUUUUUACCUGUCCUUCCAUACCUUCCCAUGUCAACCGAUGUUUCAGAUGGUUUAAAAUAUGAUGGUAGAGAUGGUAAAAGGCAUGGACGUGGACACUCUUAUUCUGAUGGAUAUGGUAGCUCAGGGGAUCUGCCUGCGGCUGAUGGAUAUGGAGCUUAUGGUGGUCCGCAGAUUGGUGGAGGUGGUAGUGGAUAUGGAGUUUACAGUAGCUAUUCCUCUGGUCGUACAGGCAGUUCUGGGUUCUCUGUGCAAAAUUCUGCUUCUCGACGGAAAAGCUAUGGUUACUAGAGUAUGGGGCGUGCAGCUGAGAUCUAUGAUGCCUGAAGCCAGCCUACUGCCUCCUUAGAUGAAGCCUACCGCCUAAACCGGAAGACCAGAUGAACCAGGGUUUGACAAACUCAUGGCCCACCCUGAUGCUUUUGUUUAGGAGGACCUACUUUAUCCGAAGACUAUCGAAUCUUGAAAUUUGCCAUGACUGUGACACCAAAUAUACCAAGCUCUAUAUCUUGUGCUCCCAAGAACCUAUAUAGAGCCACAGCUAGCCUUUGUCACUAUUUUCUUUCCGGAUUACGUUAUAUUGAACUAUAGUACCAUGUUGCUUCCUUAAUCUUUCAGUUGUACCAGUGUUGGGUUUUGUUAUAUUCAUGAUUGUUAGCUGUGCUGUUUGAUGAUUUAUGGUUGUCAACUAUCAAUUGGAACAGUUCUGGAAAAUUGACCAAUUAGAUUGAUUUGUAGCA